GGCAGUAACGCAACAAGAAGAACGCCAUGUGUCGGAUAAUCUAAAUAGUGAAGAAGUCUCCGACAACAAAUCAAUUCACCAUGUAACAGUUUGUUUUGACAGUGCUCGCGAUUAUUUGGAGUUCGUCUCCUAAGUUAGAGGGGAGGUUUUGCACUUAAAGUCGAAUAGCUGCCCCAGUCUGUGUCAUCCAUUAACUGCCAAUAUCAGUAAACCGUGCCUGGGUAAAGUAGCUAGCUAGCCGGCUAAAAGCAGCUAACCGCAGUCAAACUUUCAUCAGCACCGGUGUGAGAGAAGAUGGACUCAAAUGUUUUCGCGACCAUUUCUAAAGGCAACCCUUUACCUCUGGCGUCACUGCGCCUCCUGGUCCCACCUUUUCAGCUCAUGACCGCUUCUAUGUGGCAGGUGCUGAAGAAACAAGAUGUCAUGAACUACUGGAAAGUGGCAGAGUUUGUCUCUUUGGUGAAUGACAUGGUCCCAGAGCUGCUGAUGUACAAGCACAGGACACAACUUAACCUGGGGUUAAGAGCUAGGUAUAUUCUUGAGUUGUGCCGAAGUGAACAGCAUGUGGAACCUGACUUCAUAUUGUGUCACUUGGACAAGAUUAAAUCACAACACCCUUCCCUGGUAGAUAUAAAAGAAUCAGAAGAGGAGGAAGUAGUGGUUCGCUUUCUGGGGUUAAUUCAGACUCUGCUCAAAGAUCCUGAAGAGAGACAAGACUUUUUCAUGGAGGUCUUCCCUGCUGAGUAUGGACCACAGUAUGACCGUGAUUUGCAGACUCUGUUUUGGGAGUUCCUCUGUCGACUUGCUCAGCUGUUGCCGGUUCCUGACCUUGAGCAGACUGUUUCCUGGCUUGGAGCUGAAGGUUCUGUGUUGGAGGAUUGUGUGUGUUCAGUCUCUGAACCUACAGACCUGAAGACUUUGCUCCAGCACCACAAACACCUCCAGCAUUUAGAGCAACAUGUUCCACCCUCGAGUAUGGGCGACAGCAUCCUCUCCUCCCUCUCUGCAGUUCCCACCAGCAGAAUGGCAAAGCCAAAAGAACAAGCCAACCAGUCAGAUCCGCUGCAAGACCUCAACGAUGACACACACACCACUGUUUCAUUCGUGGAUGACGUAGCAGUUGAAAUCAUCACAGUGACAGAUUAUGCAGAGGUUGAACUAGGCGCGAGCACCGACGUAGAGGUGGUGCUGGGAGAAAACUGCUUUGAAGGAACAGACAGUAGCACAGCGGCUGAAGAUUCACUGGUAGUGCUCACAGAAGAGACGGCCAGGGAGGAGGAAGUAGGAGAAGCAGGGAAGGAAACAACACAAGAAAAGCCUGCAAGUGGUUUGAUAAACAUCGGUCAUGCAAAAGUUAACUAUGACUCAGCAUCCUCUCAGCAUCAGAUCUCUUUGGGACCUCAUGACUGCCCAGACUGUGAGAAGAAAUUUAAGUUUGCUUCUUCGCUAACCGCACACAGGGUCAUCCACACUGGUGAACGCCCCCACCGAUGCAACGAGUGCGGCCGCUGCUUCUCUUUCAGACAGUCCCUCGACAGGCACAGAAACACUCACAAAACCGGACGCAAGUACAACUGCGUUGUCUGCGGGGAGACCUUCCACUCCUUGUUGGCCCGCACGGAGCAUAAGCAAACACACAUGGAAGAAGGUGUUUACACAUGCCAGCAGUGCAGCAAAAAAUUCAACUGGGAGCUGGCACUUGCGAGGCACCUGAAAACUCACACUGAUGACCACAACGCAAACAAGACUCCAGGGAGCCGUGAAGAAGGAAAAGAGGUUGUUGCACUCACUGAACCUGACUGCCAGGUGCAAGCAGAUGAUAACUCUGAUCAUGAUCCAGAGAAUGCAGAGGUUCAGAGCAGCAAGUGUCCCACCUCGGAGCCUGGAGGCAUGCUCCCUGAACAAGUCAUUUCCCUGAUCAAAGUGCGCACAAGUGGGCGCAAACGCAAACCCACCAUGAAGAUCCAGGUGAUAAAUUUGCAGAAGCGCAUGACCACUAAGAGAAAGAAGGAGAUCACCAGGGCGAAUCCUCCAGCGCUGAAGCCUUUGCCUUUCAAUUGUGCAGAACACUCCUAUGGGUCAACCGCGGUCUCAUCAAAGGACAGCGAUGAAAGUUCUGUUGCAGAUGGACCAUCGGAGGCUUUCUCCUGUCCUAACUGCUCCUUCCACCAUUCAGAAGAAGCGCAGGUCCAGCAGCACAUUGACAAAGUUCACUCUGUUGAGGUUGAGGAUGACAAGCUGUCCCUUCAGUCCCUCACAGAGGAGGAGGGACGUUUUAGUUGUCCAGACUGUGAGAAGAGCUUCAAGUUCCAGUCCUUACUAAAAGCCCACCAGCGAAUCCACACAGGCGAGCAGCCCUUCCUUUGUUCUCAGUGUGGACGGCGUUUCUCCUUCAAACAAUCACUGGAGAGGCACAAGCAGACGCACAAGUCCGGACGCAAGUACGAGUGCCUGAUCUGCGGGGAGUUCUUCAAGUCCUUGGUGGCUCAGAGGGAGCAUAAGAGCACCCACAUGGAGAAUGGCGAGUACCUGUGUUCGGAGUGUGGCCGGGCGUUUGCCUGGAAGUCUGCACUGGUGAGGCACCUGAAGACCCAUGGUGAAGAUGCCAACAAGGUGGAGCGUUCUCACAAAUGCCCUCGCUGUGACUUGGGCUUCAGCUGUGUCAGCUACCUCAACAGGCACCUCCAGACUCAUCAAGAAGAGAGAGUGCACACCUGCAACUGCGGGAAGAGCUUCGCCUACCGAGCAGCUCUCACAGCGCACCAACGCAUCCAUCAAAAAGAGCGGCCACACACAUGUACACAGUGUGGCAAAGGAUUCCUCUACAAGGGCGGUUUGGUGAGCCACAUGAAGAUCCACUCAGAGGAAAUGCCCUUCAUGUGUUCCUACUGUGGCAAGUGCUUCAAAAGGGAACGCAACAUGAAGAAACACGAGCGCUGCCACACCAGGGAAAAUGUUUUCAGCUGCUCACAGUGCGACAAGAGUUUUGUCUAUAAGGCAACUUUAAUCAGACACGAGCUGACGCAUUCAGGCGAGAGGCCGUACCUGUGCUCCGACUGCGGGAAGGGUUUCUUUUCCCAUGCAGAGCUUCUGAAGCACGAGCGUUUCCACACAGGCCACAAGCCCUUUCAGUGUCCCCACUGUGGCAAGAAAUUCACACAGUCUUGCUACCUGACCAUUCACCUGCGCUACCACACCGGAGUCCGCCCGUAUUCCUGUGCCGAGUGUGACAAGAGCUUCCUCAGUGCCAAUCGGCUGAAAAGACACCAGCAAACACAUACGGGGGAAAAACCGUACCUAUGUGUAGAAUGUGGGAAAGGCUUUAGGCAAUCAUAUCAUCUUAAAAUGCAUCAACGAACACAUAUCAUGAAGUUAACAUAGACAGUCAAGACUUUAACUUCUCUGAAAAUGUAUAUUUGGAAAUUAAAAUGGUAUAAUUCCAUAUAGUUUAGACUGGGACAAAGACAACUCUAGAUGCAUUACUGUGGCUUUAUCUCCAAUGAACUGCUGUAAAUCUACUUCUAGCAAGAACAGGUUCAUGUUGAAUAUCCCCUAUUUUCAUAGACUGAAUGCAUUUGAUUUCAUGGUUGUGUUGUAAUUAAACCACACUGAGCAGAGGAAUAUGUAAAGUUAACAUCUUGGCUCUAUGUCUUCAAAUAACGAACACAAGAAAGUUCUACAGAAAUCCAGUCUUUAUUCAGAAGUGUGGGCAUGUUUUACAACAGAAAAUUUAACACUGGUUUGGAAUAAAAGCGUUAACCUUUUUGUGCCAGAA